CGGCGGUAGACUCUGGUUUGGCGGACAGGCAGAGACAUUGUGGGUGUGUUCGGAUCCUCUCUGCUGUAAUGUGGUUCACAGAGACAAGACAAUUCAAGGCAGAUCGGUCCCCUCUUGAAGCAGCUCAAUACUGCCGUCAGCAUAACAGCCUCAUUGCCUGGGGUAACCAGACACAAUACACCCCGAGCCUUGACCUUGACCCCCGAGAGGCCGAUCCAGAAGAGACCUUGUCUAAGUAGCUUGACUGCUAC